CGUGCACGCGACUGGCAUCAUGGCGGAGCGGAUUACAGAUGUGUACAAACAAAUAAAGAAAGCAAGACGAUGUCACAAGGAAGUUAAAACAUCCAGUCGAGUGUCUGAAGAUAAUCGAAAUGUUGCUUUGCCUAAAAACAAUCCAAGUGAUUUACAAAUUCUGAAAGAGUUCGACUUGGCCUUGGAAUUUGGACCUUGUGCAGGUAUUACACGUCUAGAAAGGUGGGAGAGAGCUUUUAAACAUGGAUUUGAUCCUCCAUUGUGCGUUAAAGACAUUUUGAUAAAGCAUCAGGAUCACAAACAAUAUAAUCAUUGCUUGUGGAAUGAUUAUGAUAUAUAACAGAUUUGGUUCCAUACUGGAAAAACUCUGGAUCAAGGAUGUAACUGCAACUCUUACACUCCAGCUUCAGGAUUUAAACAUAAAGAUGUACGUGUAAAUAUGUUUUCAAGGUAUUUCUUUUUACUGUUAUUAAAGUAUAAGUUACUUUUAAAUCAUGCAUAUUUCUUUACAAAUGUUUUGUAAAUUUCCUUUAUUUUUAUUAUUAUAAUUCAAAUUAUAAGGAAACAGAAUUAUGUUUCUGAUAUUGCUGCAUUUGCCUAUUACUGUUUUAAUGGCGUAUUCUCAUUUAAAUGUUCUUGUUUGUUCUCUUCAGCAAUUGAUAGAUUUUAAUGUUUCCCACUCCCACCAUCCUAAGUAAUGAAAAAUCUUUGUUACAUCAGCAUUUGCCUUAAAACAACCAACAGGCAUGUUUCUAACCCUCUGGGGACGUUAUGAAGCAAGGGUAGAUAAUUGCUAACAGGCAAUCAAGGACAGGUGUCUUCCCUCCAUAGUUAUAAAACUGUGUCUAAACCCCACAAUGUUGCAGGGGUUUCUUUGUCCCUGUUUUAUGGCCUCAGGGGUAAAGCAGCAUACAUGUGUUCUGGACAUCACAUUUCACCUUCAGUACCAAAUGUUGCCUGGGCAACCACUUUACGCUUGUUUUAUAAAUAAGGCAUAAGAAUGGUAGAUCCUCUUUAAUAUGAAUGCAUAAUUUUAUAGAUUCCUCAGUUAAAAUUAACAUUUUAAAAAAUAAAAAUUAAGUAUAUUUGCAGGAUACACUUCUAUCUUAUGUGUAAAUAUUUUUAAAAAAGAAAAUCAUAGAAUGCCUGUGUACACUACAAGUUCAAGCAGCAUAUAAUGUGUAGAUUAUAUUAUACCUUAGAAAAUGGUGCUCAUUGGCCUUGCUUUUGUAUUCUGAAAUAAUUCAUGAGAACCUGUGCCUUUUCUUUUACCUUUUGUGACUGCCAUGUUAUAGGCAGCAAUUUAUAAAACUCAGAUUUAAUACAGUUUUGAAGAGUGUAUUUUAUAAAUAUGAGAGAUGAGUUUUACAGAAUGCUGCUAAAAGUUAAAAAACUUUGAAAACCUUUUCAUUUACUGGUUUCAAGGAACAAUGCAUUUCAAAAUUUAAAUGUCAUUGAAAUGUUGUAUUCAGACAAAUUUUUUUAUGUUCAAAAUCUUUUUUCAUCACAAAAUGCAUAUUGUUGAGAUGCAUGGUUUAAAAGUAUUAAAGUAUAAAAUCCA